AUGGUGUAUUCUAGCAUUCAACACUUCCUCCUUGCCCUUUCGGGCGCGGCUCUCAUCGCUGCAAACCCGGCACCCCUCUCACCCGUCGACAUCUCCGCUAUCGGCUCUCCCAUUACUCCCAUCCUCCCAAAGCGCGACGCUCCCGACCUCGCCCCCAACAUCGGUAGCAUAUACAUGUGCAAAGAAAAGAACUGGGCCGGCCAAUGCGCAUACUUCAAGUCCGCCAUCGACGAGUGCUGGAACUUCGUCGACGACUGGACGAACACUAUUUCUUCAUUCGGGCCUGAUAAGGCGGAGAAUGUGUUCUUCAACUUCAAUUGUACCCUUUUUGCAGAUCAGGGGUGUGUGGGGAAGAGUAAGACGUUGGCUUACCCGGGCAGUGCGGAUUUGAGUACUGGAGGGGCCAUCAUGGAUAAUGAGGCAGAGAGCUGGAAGUGUUCGUAUUUGCGUGGAGGCGCGUAG